UUUUCAGCAAACACAGAGAAGUGUUCAGGGAAUGUGCAACGCCAGACCAUGGGCAUGGUGUGUCAGUUGUACUGAAACCAAACUAGCAGCAAAUAGGCCUAUAGACGCUAUAACAGUCCUGUCUUCUUGUACGCACGCAGGUCUCUCAAAUAGACAGCUGAAAGGUAUAGGCUACGACCCAUCUACCUGUGCCACAGGUGCAGCGUUAUAGGCCAACAACAUGACGCGGUACCUGAGGUUCUUCACAGCUGUUGGUGACAAGCAUGAAGAUGAGGAUGCGUGGCAGGAUGAGACACUUCACGAGGCCAGUGAGGAACUGGAGCCCGCCACUGGACUUCACCCGCAGAACAUCACCUGUAGAGACGCACUGCGCAGACUCUACAGCUCCUACAGAUUCCAGAUUGCUGUGGUCUGCUUGGUCAUUCUGGAUGCUGUCUUUGUGCUUUGUGAACUUCUUCUGGAUUUCUCUGCCGAAGUUAGCCAUGACAGCAUUGCACCACAGGUCUUCCACUACCUGAGCCUGUCCUUACUGACCUUCUUCAUGGUGGAGUUGGCUGGGAAGAUCUUUGCCUUCCGCCUGGAGUUCUUCAAGCACUAUUUCGAGGUGUUUGACGGUGUGGUGGUGGUGGUGUCCUUUGUCCUGGACAUCGUGUACAUCACCAAUGAGGGAGCUGUGGACGGCAUGGGCCUGCUUAUCCUCUUCAGGCUGUGGAGAGUGGCCAGGAUCAUCAACGGCAUCAUUAUGUCAGUGAAGAACCGUGCUGGUCACCAAGUCACGAAAAUGAAGGAGAGCAAUGAUCGCCUAGUCCAGAGGAUCAAUGAGCUGCAGGAGAAGAAUAAAAAGAUGGAAGAAGAGAACAGCCAGCUGCGCUCUCUCCUGCAGCAACAUGGGAUCCAGAUUUAAUCACCCAGAGAGGACAGCGAGAGACGUGUUACAACUAUGUAGCACAUUUAUGCACUCACUGCUUCAGUUUUUGCUGAUCAAGUCACACCACACACAAUCGCUGAUUUAUGUACAAGGCCAAAUGGUUAAAGGGGAAUUCCUGACCAUUUCAACAUGCAGUUGUGUUUGGUCACGCUAGGCGACCU